AUGGGUAGUGAGAUAGAUACUAAAUCAAUUGAACCUGUCCGGAAUGCUGUCUCUUUGUUUGGAGAUAAAGGUGAUCAGAAGAAAUACCAAGCUGCAAAGAGUAAGAGUGAUUGUGGAAAUGAAUUUGAGGAGCUGACAAAGGAAUUGGCCAACUGCAAGUUUCAGUUAGAAGCAAAGCAUGCUGCACACAUGCAAGCACUUCUUAAGUUGGAGCAGAGCCAGAAGAUGAUUCACGAAUUGUCCACCCUAUUGAAGAAAUCUGACAUUGAAAGAAACAAGAACACGAGCGAAUGUUCAGAAUGUAGAUCUCGCAAAGGUGAACUUGAAUCCAAGAUGAAGGAGAUGGUUGAUCAGAGUUUGGAGGCUGCAAAGAUCCGAGACCAGUUUGCACAUGUUUUGAGCGAACUGAAGGCCACACAAAGGGAGCUUCUUAACAAAGAAACAGAACUUGUUGCUGCUAGAGAUUCAGAAAUGAACUCUUUGACAAAAGCAAAACAAUUGGAAGCCGCAUUGGAGGCCGAAAAGGAACAGAAAGAAGAACUUCUGCAGCAAGUGAAGGAGCUCGAUGAAGUUAUUCACAGUUCAAAAGUAGCUGCCAUUGAAUCUGAGAAAGAGAUGUUAGCUUUAUUGUGUGAGAAGGAUGAGCAAAUUGAUUUCGCUACAAAAGCUACUGCUGAGGUACAACAACAGCUAGAAGAUAUGAGAAAGCAUGCGGAAAUGUUACAGAAUCAACCAAUGGGUGUGCCUACAGUGGUUGAUUCUCUUCUCCUGGAACAUAUGCUAGCUGAUGAAAAACUCGUUUUAUCUGAGGAUUCUGCUCGCAAAGCCAUAGACCAAUUAAACAUUGAGAUGGAACAAAAGGACAGAAAGAUGAUGGAUCAAUCUGUGUAUAUUCACACACUAGAAAUGGAAUUGAGUGAGUUAAAGCAAGAAGUUACGGUUGCAAAGGAAGAAAUAAAUGCUUUGAGUAUUACCAAUGAAUCACUUACAAGUGAGUUACAUGAGGCUAAAGCAGAACUAAACAUGAACAAGGGAAGCGACAUUGAAACACAAGUGGAAAUUGCAUUGCUGAAGUCUAAGCUGCAGGAACACAGGGUGGUUUACAAAAAUGGAAAGAUUACUGAAGAUUCUACAAGUAAUGACUCAAAGGAAGAAGCUGAAGAGAGAAAUGGUGAGAAGAAGAAUGAGCAUGUGACAGAGAAAUCCUUAUUUGGAUUUUCAGAGUUAGCAUUGAUGAAAAAGGAGCUGGAAAAUGCAUCAGUGAAAAUUUCGGAGUUAAGGGCUCGUGCAGAACAAGCUCUAAGUAGGGCUGAGUUUGCAGAGAAUGCUAAAACUGCAUUAGAGGAGAAAAUAAGGAGACAUAGGGAACAUAGGCAGAGAAGAAGGCUUGCUCUUACUGCCCUUAGGGAGGAAUCUACCCCUAAACCAUUUAGUCCUUCCUCAUCAUAUGGAACACCUGGAUCCUACCAGCCCUUAGGUAAGGUUCUCAACAUGAAAUUGUGA